GACAAUGGACUAUUGCACAAACUGCAAGUAAGGAAAGAGGAUGAAAGUGAUGGAGGCCAUCCCUUGAUAUCCAUGGAAUGUGCCUGGCCAAUGACAGCACUGGGUAUUUGUAGGGGCAGGGAUCUCUUCAUGUUUAGUUGAACAGUUGAUAAACGGCUGUCAGUAUCCAAAGAAUUAUCAGUGCUAUUUGUACUGAUUGGUCCUGAUUCUGUUGAUGAUGACGUGGAUUCCAUCGAUCCAGAAGCAGAUGCCGAUUCUAAUGCUGAUGGAGAGGAUUCCAUUGAUCCAGAAGCAGAUGCUGAUUCUAAUGCUGAUGGAGAGGAUUCCAUUGAUCCAGAAGCAGAUGCUGAUUCUGUUGCUGAUAACGUGGAUUCCAUUGAUCUAGAAGCAAAUGCUACAAUAGAUGUGGUUUUCUCAAAAGUCUCAUUAGAUAUGAUCCCAAGGCCAAUUAAUAUAUAA